AUGGAUUUCUAAGCAAUAAAUUCCAAUUAUAAGAAUUUUCUUGAAGAACUUGCCUCGUAUUAUAGUGUUGUUGAUGAUUAAGAAGUUCAAAUAUUGAGGAAAAAGCAAGAUGCAUGUUCUGAGAAUUUCUUAGAUGUUCAUUAUGAAUAUACAAAGUGUACCAUUAUUCAUGAUCUACUUAGGUGUUGAAUAAAUUGAUGAAAAAUAUACUGUUUUAAAUAAAACAUUUAAAUUUAAAACAGAAAAAGCAGCCAAAUCCUAUAGAUCCUGUUUAUAACACAAAAAAAUAGAAGAAUGUCAUGAAAGAACAUGGAAGCAAAUGCAUGAAAAUAUGAAACAAUACAUUACAUUAUUAAGAAGAAUUGACACAUAAACUAUUAAAUAUUGA